AUGGAAUCACUUCCAUUCAAUCCUCUACAGCCUAUCGGCGAAAAUAUCCAUUUCUUCCACCCUCUAGAACCACAUGUAACGAGCAGUCCCGCUCUCAUCGUACUCUGUACUUGGCUCGGCGGCGCAACGCCUCAACGCAUCCAGAAAUACAUAGCUGGCUAUCGGACUCUGUACGCCAAUUCCGCAGUCCUUCUGAUCACUACGCGCAUACUGGAAAUCAGCGCACUCCCCUUCAGUGUUCUCCACACGCGUUUGGCCCCCGCCCGCGAUGUGAUUCAGCGAUUUAUCGGCUCUGCCACCGGGGAAGAACGCGCUGACUCUAUUCUGUUACAUAUUUUCUCACAUGGCGGGUGCAAUACUGCCAUCCAGCUGGCUCUCUCAUUACGGACCGAUCCCACUCAUCCGGUUUUAGAAUUUGGGAAGUAUCUCGGUGGUAUUAUCUUUGAUUGCUGCCCUGGCGAUACAUCCUUUGGGCGCGCAUACCAGGCGGCUGCACAUUCUUUGCCUCGUUCUCUGCCGGCUCAAACAGUUGGAAAGGUUUUACUCUACCCUGUCAUCGGCAUUAUCAAUGGUCUCCAGCAGACGGGGUGGAUGGGUUCUGUUCGAGACCUGCGCGCACAACUAAAUGACCCUAGCGUUUUUGGGACGACAGCUGCGCGAUUAUACUUGUACUCUAUGGCGGAUCAAAUGGUUGGAUGGGAGGAUGUGGUGUCCCAUCAGAAAGAAGCUAAAUCUGAGCUGGGAUGUACGGUUCAAGGGGUUGCUUUUCCGAACGGGCCACACUGCGGCUUGGUGAGAGAUCAUCAUGAUCAAUACUGGGAUGAGAUUCAAAAGUUCUGGAAGGAAAGGGGGACCGCGACACUUCCUGGGCUAAUAGACUCUGCGUCAGGCGAUAAGCCCCGGAGUCGGCUCUGA